GGAGCCAAAGUGCAGGCGCAGACAGCAUCUCCAUUGCCCGUGAAAGUGUCAGCUCGUGUGCAAGCUCCAGCUCCAGCUCCCAGCACCCCGAACCUGACGCGUUUUGCUUUUGACCUGGCCAGCGCGACGGUCAAUGGCAGCUUCGCGACCGAGCGAGUAGAAGAUGCGCCUGCGAACCCAAGCCUACAGCACGCAGCACGCAGCACCAUGGCCAACGCAGUGAGGCCGCCGCCUCCGCCUCCGUCGCUGCCCUCGCCGACGGAGCUCACGCGCUCGCCGCCCACGGCGUCUGACGACCUCACUACCGGCCGCAGCCGCACCACGAAGACCAUCUCGACGCGUCGCACCUCGCGAAGCGGCCCGCUGCUGGUCCUGGGCGACGACGAGAGGACCGCCAGGCCUGCUCCCCGCGCCAACUCGCGCAAGCGGCCAGCCACCGACGCGACGCCCGACGCCGCCAGGCCGCCCACCAAAGUCACCCGCACGCCGCAGGGCGACCUCUACCGCAGCACCAACGGCGUCCUCCAGCCGCUGGGCCUCACCGAGGACGAUGUGCCCUCGGCCAGGUCGACGCCCCGCCCCGGCAGCGCGGGCAAGCUGACCGUCCCCACGCCCGUCUCGGCCUCGGCGGCGCAGGCCAAGGACAAGAGGAGCCUGCGCAGCCACGACGGCGGGUCGCGUCUCAAGAGCGACCUCGCCGUCUACUUCUCCAACUACGACGACAUCAUCGCGGGCGCCUCCAAGCCAGCCGAGGACCUCGUCGACGUCGACACGCCCAUGUACAUCGUCGACGAGCCGCUCAAGGCCAAGACACCCGCACCCGCCUCGCCCGCCCGCACAUCACAGAGCCCCACCCGCUCGCGCACCUCGGCCGUCAACUCGCCCCUGCGCAAGCUCUCCCUGACAUCGUUCCCCCCCGCCCCGUCGUCGACCACCUUCCAGCUCCUCGACUACACCUCCAUCUCCAAAGCCGUCCGCAGCGACGACCCCUCCGACCCGCUCGCCGACGCCGUCUUCUUCACCCAGCACCGCCGCGCCGAGCGCAAAGAGAAGCAGCUCCGCAACAUCGAGAAGGAGCGCGCCAUGCACGAGAAGGCCCAGCUGGAGCGCCUGCUCGACGGCCUCCAGGGCCCCGACUGGCUGAAAGUCAUGGGCAUAACCGGCGUCACCGACGGCGAGCGGCGCGACUGGGAGCCCAAGCGCGACUACUUCGUCAAGGAAGUCGAGGCGCUGGUCGACAAGUUCCGCGUGUGGAAGGAAGAAGAGAAGCGGCUGCGAGCAGAGAAGGAAGCCGCCCUCGCCGCCCAAGAAGCCUCCUCCUCCGAAGACGACGACGAAGAAGAAGACUCGGACGCAUCCAUCGACCACGACCCCCCGCCAGAACCCGCGCCCCCGAAACCACGCCGUCCACCCCGACCCCACGGCUACCUCCUCCCGUACGUGCCCCCCGAACCCGCCGGCCCCUUCAUGUCCUUUUACGCAAAACCACAUCUGCGUGCCGCCGCGCUGGGUAGACAGCGCCACGGCCGGGGCUCCGUGGCCUUUGGCUGUGCGGUGCCCGACUUUGACGAGCACGAGUUUGAGCUGCCGGGGGAGUUCAUCGACCCGCAGUUUCUUAAAGAUAAUGCGCGGCAGCGUAGGCGGAGGAAGAGGGAGAGCGCCGUCGAUGCGCAGACGGGUGUUUGAGGGCUUUUUUCUGCAUUACUUCUUUUCUGUCCUUUUUUUCGUCGGUAUACCCUUUUCUGUAUUUAUAUGCCUGGGGUUUUGGGUGGAAAAGCUGAGGCGAGGCGAGCGUGGGCUAUACGCUUCGAUCUUUAGUAGAGGCGAAUCGAAUUGAAUCGAAUUGAAUCGAAAUGAAUCGAAAUGAAU